AUGGCAGGCGGAGCUCGGUCGCGCUCGCCCAGCCGCGAGCGGCCGCGGCAGCCCCAGCCGGACAGGUCCUUCCGCGACCGCGACGAUCCCGACCGCCGCAAAGAUCGCGACGAUCCCGACCGCCGCGGCGGCGGUGAGGAGAUGAUCGUGGUGCACGUCAACGACCGGCUCGGGACCAAGGCGGCCAUCCCUUGCUUCGCAUCGGACCGCGUGCGCGAGUUCAAGAUCAUGGUGGCCGCCCGCAUCGGCCGCGAGCCCCACGAGAUCCUGCUCAAGCGCCAGGGCGAGAGGCCCUUCAAGGACCAGCUCACGCUCGAGGACUACGGUGUUAGCAACGGCGUCCAGAUCGACCUCGAGGUCGACACGGGCGACUGA